AUGUCAUUUGAACCAAGAGAAUACCCACCCAAUCAAGAAGAAAUUUACUUUAAUAAUUUAUAUCCUUCACUGAAAAAUGAAUAUAGUUCAUUAGCAUUACCGGUAGUUUUUUCUCAAGACACAAUUAUUUCCGAAUCUUCUGAAUAUUUUUCGGCCAGUGAAUCACCAACAAAUGAACUUGAAGUUCUCAAAAACAAUGUUAACAUCCUAGAAGAAGAUUCAUUGACCAUGAUUGAAUUAAAAAAAAUUAGUGACAAAAUCAACGCUCUUGAU